AAAUCAGCUCUGGCAAACAUCGUUCAACGUUUCGGGAAUCGAGUUCGCGAAGCCCUCAUGACGGCAUCUGAGGCGAUUUCGAAUGCCGUCGCAGAGGCUGAGCAAAAUGCGAUGGUGCGUUAA